UGGGCCCUCUAAGACGAACAAGCACCAUACACAGACACAAACGCCUCAUCAGUGAUCGAGUAGAGCAUCAAGCCUCACUCGGCAAUUCUACAUUCAUUAGCAUGUCCAUAGCCUUGUCUACAGCUCCCAGCUUUGCAACACAGGAUACCAGGAGUGUCUACUUCGGGGACUCGACUGAAUCGCUUGGACUUUGCGGUAAAACAGAGACAGUUACUUGGGAGAACGAAACAGAUCCCCUCAACCCAUUAAACUGGACAUCGGGGAAAAAAUGGUUCAAUGUCCUCCUGAUUGUGAUGCAGGCCACACUGUCGCCGAUAGCAUCAACCAUUCUGGCCAUCGGCGCCGGCGAAAUUGCCAAAGAAUUCGAGCUGAAGAGCGCAAAAGUGCCAUCGCUGCCUACAGCUUUGUACGUUCUGGGUAUCGGCAGUGGACCUCUCUUCUUGGCUCCCUUCUCGGAGGUGUUCGGGAGAAGGGUAGUCUAUUUGUCCGCGUUCGCCUGCUUCACGAUGCUCAACGUUGGAUGCGCUCUGUCACCGAACAUUGCCGCGCUCUCGACGCUGCGGUUCCUGAGCGGAAUCGCUGGAUCUGUCGGGCCCAGUCUCAGCGCUGGUAGUGUGGGCGACAUGUUCGCUGUACACGAGCGAGGCAAGGCACAGGCUCUGGCGUCCUUCGGUCCCGUAUUUGGACCUGUACUUGGUGGUGUCAUGGGCGGCUUCAUUGUUUACCACACCACUGGUUGGCGGUGGUUACUCUGGACCGUGGCCAUCGCCGCUGGAACUGUCACUCUUGCUGGCAUCUUCUUCCUCCGGGAGACUUACGCCCCAUAUCUGCUCGAAAGAAAAGCCGCAAAGCUUAGAAAAAGCAAUCCGGACAUUGAGUACCGCACUGCCCACUCGAAGGCGAACAUGAGUACAGGUCGGAUCCUUGCUCAUUCCCUCGGACGGCCGGUAAAGAUGCUAUUCACAUCUCCUAUCCUGGCUUUCAUGGCCGUAUAUCAGUCUUUAAUUUACGGCAUCCUCUACCUACAUCUCAUCACGAUCCUCCUGCUCUUCGGACCUGAAUCGCUUUACGGGCUUUACACAUAUAGGUUCACCUCUGGUACAACCGGUCUUGCAUAUCUGGGUGCAGGUAGCGGAGCAUUCAUUGGCAUGAUUCUCACAGUCAAGUUCAUGAAUCGCUCUUUCGCUGGUGCGCUCGCUCGUCAGAUACGGAGAACGGGUGAUACAACACCCACACCUGAGUUGCGCAUCCCUUUUCUCCAGAUCGGCAUGAUGAUCGUUCCCUUCGGUCUGAUCAUCUUUGCAUGGACAGCUGGUAGGGUUCACUGGAGUGCUUGCCUUGUUGGUGCCUUCUUCUUUGGCAUCGGUAUGCUAAUGGGCUAUGUAUGCAUCCAGUCAUACCUUGUCGAUUGCUUUGGUGAUUACUCCGCGAGCGCAUUGGCAGCUGUCAUAUUGGCGCGUUGUCCCAUCACAUUCUUGUUCUGCUUCUUUGGGUUCGAGCUGUACAAGUCAUUGGGAUAUGACUGGGGAUCGAUGCUACUCGCCUUCCUCUGCAUAGCCAUGAUACCAGCCCCAUUUAUGCUCAAGAUGUACGGCCCGGCUCUCCGCGCGAAGCAGCCUGUUUACUAACACCCAAUUUUUCACUUUUUGUCACUCAUUAUCU